AUGCCUGCUCUUCUCUCAGUUCUCGGGCUUGGUUCUCCAAGAAACCAGUCCGCUCACUACCUCUCCAACGCCAACCAGCAAACUCUCGAUAUUCUCGCCGAAAAAGUAGACAUCAUGGGUAGCGCAAAGAUCGCCAAGGCUCAAAAGAUUGCUUUGAACAUUCUUGACACACACGACCAACUCAAGAAGCUACCAAACUACCGACCAGGAGACGACAUCAACCGGCUGUUGGGAUGUCUCGUCCGCACAUGCGUCCAGAUCCAUCCCCCAAGCGUUAUCCAGCAGAUCCUUGAAUUCCCCGGCCUCCAACAAAUGCUUCCCUCCCUCCGCACCAUCUGCUCCGAAGCCGAAUCCUGUCUCGAGAACCACUGGGCCCAACACACCUUAUCGCUCGCCGACCAAGGCCCUGACGCAGUCCUCAAUGCUCUCCAGAUCGAUUUCCCUUACUUCCAGAAUUACGUCGACCUAGCACGCCUCGAGCUUUCCGCCAUUCGCGCCGCCAUGUCUCCCAGUGACACCAACGCCCUCAAGAAAAUCACCUUCAUCGGCUCCGGCCCCCUUCCUUUGACUUCGUGGUGUCUCCUCGACGAAAUCCGCCAGACAUGUUCUAGCACCGACAACAUUCCCACAAUCACCAACAUCGACAUGUCCCCCACCGCCAUUGACGUAUCUUCCCGCCUCAACGCUGUCCUCGGUCCAUGGGGCGAAGGCAUGGAGUUUGUGUGUGGCGAAGCCGGUUCUUGUUCCAUUAGUCUUGCAGACUCAGACGUCGUCUACGUUGCCGCGCUAGUCGGGCUGUCGCAGGAGGACAAGGAGGAGAUUUUCCUAAACGUGGUCAGGACCAUGAGGCCUGGUGCCUUGCUGGUUAUCCGUAGCGCGUGGGGAUUGAGGACGUGUUUGUAUCCGGAGGUGAGCGUCAAUACGGAGAGGCUUUUGGAGGUGCUGCAGCCCUGUGCGGUGGUGCAUCCGUAUACGGAUGUGGUUAAUAGUGUUGUUGUUGCUAGGGUUAGAGAGUAG